CAACUGGAAAGAAAACACUCCGCUCUUUUUUCUUCCUACUACUCUUCUUCUUCUUCAUCCUCCCCAACAGGAAAGGCCAAUUCUAUUUUCCCAAAUCUUCCAGCAAAUAGAAACUCCGCGACCGGAACAAAAGAACACGGCGAGAUAUCAAGGAAGAAGACAGACAGACUUCAACAAGGGGAAAAAGGAAAGACAAAAAAAAGAAAUAGAGAUGGCUCCCACAUCCAACUUCGCCCGCGCCGCAAGGCCGCUCUUCUCGUCGACCUCGGCCGCCUUCCAAACCCGCGCCGCCUUCUCGCGCGCCUCGCCUUUUGCCCGCCAGCAGGCCUACCGCCGCCAGGAGUGGAGCCGGAGGUGGCAGAGCACCACGGCCGAGGGCGGCGCCCAGCAGAGCUGGUUCAAGCGCAUGUGGGAUAGCCCUAUCGGCCUGAAGACGGUGCACUUCUGGGCGCCUGUCAUGAAGUGGGCCCUCGUCCUCGCCGGCGUCUCCGACUUCGCCCGCCCCGCCGAGAAGCUCUCUCUGACCCAGAACGGGGCCCUGACGGCCACCGGCUUCAUCUGGACCCGCUGGUGCCUGAUCAUCAAGCCCAAGAACUACCUGCUGGCCGCUGUCAACUUCUUCCUCGGCAUCGUCGGCAUCAUCCAGGUCUCCAGGAUCCUCCUCUACAACGCCAGCCAGAAGAAGACCGUCGAGGGCAAGGUGGAGGCCGCCGCCCAGGAGGUCAAGGAUGCGGUCAAGAGCUCGUGAACCCCGUCAGACGCUUGAAAACAGAGAGGGGCGAGGGAGAGUGUGUGUAUGGACGGCAUGGAGUUGCCUCGCCGGGACGGGGAUGGGGCUCCUGCGAGGUCGGGAAAUUACUCGAGAGUAGGAAAAGACCAGAUGGGGUAAGAAAAGCCGUUGAAUCCCCAAGGGACAGGGGGGGAGGGGGUGAACGAGGUUAGGAGGAGGGAAUGGGGAGCAUGGCGGAUACGUUGCGCAAAAGCAGAACAUGACCGGCCUCGAAAGUCAUGGAAGGCUGUAGGACAUGGCUACCGAUGACCUGGCGUGUGACGCAGGACGUUUCUUGCUUCCUUGAAAGUGAUAUAAUAUUUCACAAGUGCGAAGGGGGCCACCCAUUGUUCUCUAUAGCCUUCCGUGUGUGUUCGCAGCCGGCGCGCUGCUGCCCCCUUGACAAAGAACGAGAAGGAAAGAGAUCAAUUAUAGAUGAAUAUUCCGUACUUAGUCGGUCGCUGGUUGGAUUAUUGAUUGCUGACCGUGAGCAAAUCUCUCGUGGUGCUGUUACCUUC